AUGUGCGUAUGCAGUAUUAUAUCGGUAAUGACCAGGGCUUUGUAUAUGCAUCAAGAAAAUUGGUAUAAGAUUGCUCUGGCAAUAAUGGCUUGUCUGACACCGCUACUUUCGUGCUCAACAGCUUUGGCAAUGAUGUUUUUGUGCGGCAUUCGAUUCGCAUCCAUACUCUGCGUCAUACCGUUCCUCGUCCUUUCUAUAGGUGUCGACUCAUCGUACUUGAUGAUUCACGAAUGGCAACGAGUUACUGAGCAUAUGAGGGAUACGCCCAGGAAAAAAGACAGCGUUGGACAUCGAAUGAGUGAGGUCCUUUCCGAAGUUGGACCAGCAAUUCUGAUAUCGUGUUUGACCAACGUUUUCGCUGACGCUGUUGGUUCGUUCACGUCAUCACCGGAAAUUACCCUGCUCUGUACUGGCAACAUGCUGUCCAUGUGUGUUGCCUUCGUCUACCAGAUGACAUUCUACGCCGGCUUGAUGACCCUUGUGGGGAGGCGUGAAAUUGGUGAAGAUAACGAGGAAAAGAACAGAACGGCGAUAAGCAUCGCCGAAAAUCGCGUGAACAUUGCCAAGCAUCACCGGACGCUUACGCGCCAACCAUCGAAAUUCCACGAGGCCACCAAGCCAGUAAUAAGUAAAUUCAUGAAGGAAUACGUCGAAAUAAUGACAACUCCAGCAGUCUACGUUGGAAUUUUCAUCUUCUACCUCACCUAUCUAUUUUUGAGUAUCUAUGGUAUUACCAGAAUCAAUAUUAGACUGACUGCAACGAAACUCUUCGCUACAGAUUCGCCUCUGUUGGAGCUCGAUGAAUAUCGUAUCACUUACCAAGUGCCCGUCUACUCAAUGGCUACUGUAUUCGUUGAGAAUCCUGGUAAUCUGUCCGAUCCGCAACGGUUACGUCGAAUCAACGAAUUUGUGGAAUCUAUGGAGCGGCUGAAUGAAUCUUGGGGAAAGAAUUGGGGGCCGGUAUCACGAUUCAAUGAGGAUGAGUUGAAGUACUUUUUGAAAUGGCCUGAAUACGAUUUUUGGUCUGGAUUUGUGAAACUGAGGAACGGGUCCGAACCAGGAGAAGAGCAUUUGGAUCGCUUCUUUUACACUACUGGUUUUCAUGGAGAAAAACUGUCGGAUUGGAAUGAGCGUGGAAGGAUGCUGCGAUCAUGGCGAAAAGUCGUCGAUAAUUACACGUUAGUCGGAUUUGAUUGA